GCGCCCGCUCCUCGAGACUAUCGAACACACAUUCUUAGCUAUUAAACCCUCUCUGGCAUCCCCAUUUCUCCACCUUACCGUCGUCGGCAAAUAUCAAAAUGAGUUCACUGUUCAGAUCUGUAAAAACCCUAAAGAAUUCUUCUUCACACCUCCUACGCCGUGGCUACGGCUCGGAAGCCGUUCCCGAACGGAAGGUCGCCGUUCUCGGUGCUGCCGGAGGGAUCGGUCAGCCACUUGCUCUUCUCAUGAAACUUAAUCCCCUCGUCUCAAAUCUCGCUCUCUAUGAUAUUGCUAAUACUCCUGGAGUCGCCGCCGAUGUUAGCCACAUCAACACCAGAUCUGAGGUUAAAGGAUACAUGGGAGACGCGGAACUAGGGAAAGCCUUAGAGGGAUCAGAUGUUGUGAUCAUUCCAGCUGGAGUGCCAAGAAAGCCUGGAAUGACCCGCGAUGAUCUCUUCAACAUCAAUGCUGGAAUUGUCAAGGGUCUUUGUGAAGCAAUUGCUAAGUACUGCCCCAAUGCACUUGUUAAUAUGAUUAGCAACCCUGUUAAUUCAACAGUGCCUAUUGCUUCAGAGGUUUUCAAGAAGGCUGGAACCUAUGAUCCCAAAAGAUUGUUUGGUGUAACCACCCUUGAUGUGGUUAGGGCCAAGACUUUCUAUGCUGGGAAGGCUAAAGUGCCAGUUGCAGGGGUUAAUGUGCCAGUUGUUGGUGGCCAUGCUGGCAUAACUAUUCUCCCAUUGUUUUCACAAGCCACACCAAAAGCUAAUCUACCAGAUGAAGAGAUUCAAGCUCUUACAAAGAGAACUCAAGAUGGAGGGACUGAAGUCGUUGAAGCAAAGGCUGGAAAGGGCUCUGCAACUCUGUCAAUGGCCUAUGCAGGAGCCAUUUUUGCUGAUGCUUGCUUGAAAGGACUCAAUGGGGUUCCAGAUGUGGUGGAAUGUACCUUUGUGCAAUCAAAUGUUACUGAACUUCCUUUCUUUGCUUCAAAGGUGAGGCUCGGAAAGAAUGGUGUGGAGGAAGUUCUUGGGUUGGGCGCUCUCUCAGACUAUGAAAAGGAAGGGUUGGAAAAGCUGAAGCCUGAGCUCCUAGCAUCUAUUGAGAAGGGAAUCAAGUUUGCCAACCAGUAAUUGGAUCGAUGCUUUUUGGCUAGAGGCCAUGUGUUCCUUCAAUGAUAAACAGAUUUUUGCAAUUUUAUUUUUGCAGUGUUGUAUUCAUUGUUGCCAAUAGCACCGGCUUUUCUCUUUAAAGUAGGGUAGGCUUUAUAUGGACCAAACUUACUUUAAUAAUUCCCUGUAGAAUGCUGCAGGAAAGAGAAAAUUUUAUUACUAAUUUAAUCCAAUUUAAGAAUAUUUGAGGGGCAAUGCGACUUGCCUGAACUAAGUGAUGUAUGGAGAAUGACUUGAUAAAGACUUCUGGUUGAAGUUUCUUGCUCA